AUGUCUUCUUCCCCAUUUAACAUCACUACUGGACAGCAGUAUCAGGGUUUACUGGAAAGAAUUGUACUUUGCUUUCUGUCUACAGGUCCUGCGUGUUUCUUCCUCCUCAUUAAUGGGAUCUUGAUGUUCUCUUUGAGGAGUAAGCCUGUGUUUCGAUACACUUGUCGUUAUAUUCUUUUAUAUAACCUCCUUGUUGCAGAUACUGCUCAGCUGAUAGUGACUCAGGUUCUGUUUCUCCUUGCUGUUGGUCGAGUUAAAAUAACGUAUGCCGUCUGUGGUACCAUCACUACUAUGGCCAAUCUCACAGCAGGAAUUUCUCCUCUGACACUGGUGAUAAUGACUUUGGAGAGAUACGUGGCUGUUUGCUACCCACUGAGGCACGCUUCCAUUGUCAACAUCAAAAACACAGUAGUGGCCAUUAUUGCAGCCUGGGCUGUCAGUACACUAAACAAUGUCACUAGAAAUCUGUUUUUGAUAGAAUAUCCAUAUGAAAAGUUUGGGAAAGUCUUGAUGAAAGACUAUUGUACUGACAUUGGCUGGAUUCCAGAUUCACAGUGUGAUGAUUAUGACAGAGCAUACAACGCUGUGGUAUUUGUUUCAGCCGGUUUCACUGUAAUUUCCUCGUAUACUGGAGUUGUAAUAGCAGCCAAGGCAGCUUCUACAGAUAAAGCAUCUGCCCUGAAAGCUCGUAAGACACUUCUGCUGCACCUAGUUCAGCUCUUCCUCAGUCUGGCUUAUACCCUUUACUACCCACUGCUCUCAGCUCUUGCAAAGACCGUACAAAGGAUAGUAUUUGUAUGGGUUCAGAGUGUUAUUUAUAUGCUUUUUAUUGUCUUACCCAGAUGUUUGACUUCUUUCAUUUAUGGCCUAAGAGAUCAGACCGUCAGACCUGUUCUAUUACACUAUCUAUUUUGCAGAUGGAAACUCUCAGUUGAACCAGCCACCUGCUGAGAAGUCAGGUUUUGGACAUAAGACAUCAUAUUUGUCUGGGAUGCCUGACCGUGUAAAUGUAAAUGGUAUUUGGCUGUGGGUUUGUAAUGAUACAUUCAACACUUGAGACACCACAAAGUCUUUAGUUCAUGUGGAUAGAUGAGAUCUAAACAUAUUUAAGAACUAAGAAUUCUGAAACAUUUUCUUUUUUCCCCCCUUUUAAAUUAACAUUUCAGGAAUUAUGCUUUAAAGAAGCUUUGCAUAAAUGACCCCAUCUAAGUUGGUCCUAUUGCCAAAAUAGCUUUAAUAUAAUCCUUUUUGGGGUUUUUGCAAAAUAAAAUCUUAUCAGAUUACUGGUUGUUUUUGAAAAACUGUUCACUAUAGAAUAAUUCCCUUUUGUCCUGAUUCCUGUAUCAAUUAAAAUGUUCAAGCAGAGGCACAUAAUGAAUGGUUCUAAUUGCAAAAGCAAUACCUUUCAGUUUGUAUGGCAAAUGUUCCAAUCUACAGCUGAUCUGGGCUCAAACUCUCUCUGCCUCUGUCUUUGGUGGUCUUUCCACCAUCAAAGAGAGGCUAUUAGUCCCACCAAAAAGGGGUCAAUUUCUCCAAGUUAGCCCUUCUGACAACUUCUGAAAAAGCUUUUUCUGAGAUUCUUCACUUUAACUAGAAACGGCACAUUUAAAAUAUUGCAUUUUCUAGAGGCAUGAGUUUUUAUUAUGCAGUAUUUCAAAUUCGUACAGAAUCUUUAUUGACAUUUAUGAGCUUUUCCACUAAAAGUGAUCCGUUUUGAAUUAAGGUUACUUGUAAUUGUUUACAAUGUAAUGAGCUAAGUUUCAACUUCGGAAGUUUGUGUGAGUGAGCGCUUAGACUUCUUGUCAAAACCCAUCCUUAAAUGCAAAUUGAAAUUAGUCAGUUUAAAGCUUUUUUAACUGAAAUGGAUUCCUGUACCCUAGUAAGAUCUGGAUGUGUUUGAUUGCCUAUAU